GUCUUGUGUGCAAGGUUGGAACACCGUUUAGAAUAACCCAAGAAUGAAGGUAGUGGUAUGAUUAUCAAACGCAAUGCUGUGGAUUUGUUUGCUGCUGCAGCUGUAGCUUCACUUCCCAUGCACUGAUGCAGGGGGUGCAGUGAAGGUCAGGGCGCAUUGGGAGAAAGUUUUGACUUCUCAGGCGUUUUUGGGGGUUCUGUUCAUUUGUGACCAUCAGCGUUCAAAUCUGCGUUGUACUUGUUAAAACGAACACACCGGCAUGGGAGCAAUCUCGCAUGCAAUUGCACGCACAACAGUCCGCCAGUUUCAAAGCAAUUCACGCUGCUCAUUUCUUUUCUCGUCCCAUAAGAGCACUGAGCUGCUUUAUAGAUACACACCAGUGAGCCUUGAGAAGUCUCAUCGGGUCUCAGCAUUGAGUCCAAACGUUUCACAACACCUAGAGUUUCCCAGACAAUUGAGCCUGCCAUCACGCUGCCAAGUAACAGGGAGUGAGAAAUUCCAGCUUUUUGUAGCUGGAUCAAGAGGUUUUAGUAGCACCCAACACCAGGGAGCAUUUGACCCAAUCUUUCACACGUUCCUGCCUGGAACUUUAGAAAGGACUGGGCGCAGCAGAAGUGUAAGGUCGAUGGCUUCGUCAGCUCCUGCCAGUGCGUCAGGAUCAAAGGUUGAUAAUGCGGAGGCGUUCCAAGGAAAGGUCAAGCUGGCUGUGUGUCAGCUCUCAAUUGUUGCUGAGAAGCAGCAGAACAUCGACCAUGCCAGGGAGGUGAUCGAGAAGGCCGCUGAUGAUGGUGCCAGGCUGAUUGUGCUGCCAGAGAUGUGGAAUUGCCCCUACUCCAACGACAGCUUCCCCACCUAUGCAGAGGAUAUCGAUGGAGGGGCCUCGCCAUCAACUGACAUGCUUUCUGACACAGCCAGGGCCAGGAAAGUCACCAUAAUUGGAGGCUCGAUUCCCGAGCGGAGCGGCGGAAAGCUGUACAACACGUGCUGUAUAUACGGAUCCGAUGGCAAGCUUCUAGGGAAGCACAGGAAGAUGCACCUUUUCGACAUCGACAUACCUGGCAAGAUCACCUUCAGGGAGUCCGACACGCUCUCACCGGGAAACACGUUCACUGUGGUGAAGACAGACGUUGGUUGCAUCGGCGUUGGGAUCUGCUACGACAUUCGAUUCCCCGAACUCGCGAUGCUGAGCGCCGCAAAAGGAGCUCAGAUCCUGUGCUACCCCGGCGCCUUCAACAUGACGACCGGGCCGCUCCACUGGGAGCUCCUCGCCAAGGCACGGGCGGUCGACAAUCAGCUCUUCGUUGUGACAUGUUCGCCCGCUAGAGAUGACGGAGCCGGCUACAUCGCCUGGGGCCACUCCACCGUCAUUGGUCCGUUCGGCAAAGUCGAGGCUGCGCUGGAGGAGAAGGAGGGCGUGUUACUGUUGGACAUUGAUCUGUCCGAAAUCGAAACAAGAAGGACGAAUAUGCCGUUGGAACAUCAACGAAGACACGAUGUGUACCAGCUGGUAGAGAUCACUGACAGGAACCGCUCGGCGCUUUGAAGGGGCAACUCUAGCUAACGCUGAGUGCUUUGAUAUAAUCCGCCACUAGCAAUCAUGUGCAUGUGUCACACAGCGCGCUGGCCGGGCACAUGACCGCGGUCCAACUGCUUCACGAUCGUUUCAAGAAGGGCGG